ACCGAGACUGCGAGACCUCAAUUCCUGUCCGAAUCUCCUCCGCAUCCGCAUCCGCCACAGCACCUCUCCAUUACCAAGACGAGCAGCCCUGCUUGCAAAGCAGCCGGUUGACUCUGUAAUGGCUGCUCCUCUCCGCCCGACCUCCCUUCGCAACCUCAAUCUCCUCCUCAGAACUGCGCCUCGAUUUGUACAGAACCAAUUCCGCGCCCAGAGCACUUCCUCCGUCAACCCAGAAGAGGUCUCGCACUUCAAUGCUCUUGCGUCGACGUGGUGGGAUCCCCAUGGCUCCUCUCGGCUUCUGCAUCUCAUGAACCCGCUGCGGCAUAACUUUAUUCGAGGGUGCCAUGCUUCUCAACCAAAGCCUGGGCCUACCUCCAACUUGAGAUAUCUUGAUAUUGGAUGUGGAGGAGGGAUAUUUGCGGAGAGUGCUGCGCGAUUACCAAGCACUGGAAGUGUCGUGGCUAUCGAUCCUUCUCCGGAAGUACUAGCUGUUGCGAAAGCUCAUGCUCGACGGGAUCCUGGGCUGCAGGGCAAAUUGACCUACCUGAAUACGUCGAUCGAAGGGUUGCCACAGCCAGAGUCAGUGGAGGAGCAGUACGAUGUUUUGUCUCUGUUUGAGGUGAUUGAACAUAUUACACACCCUGCCGACUUUCUGGAUACCUGUGCACCCUUUGUGAAGCCUGGGGGCUGGAUCGUGAUGAGUACGAUUGCACGGUCGUGGACGAGCUGGUUGACGACGAAAGUGGUGGCAGAAGAUAUUGCUAGGAUUGUGCCAAGAGGCACGCAUGAUUGGGAGAAGUACAUAAAUGAGGAGGAGCUGAGGGGAUAUUUCCUGAGGGAAAGGGGAUGGAACAGCCCCAGGGUAAUGGGUGUUGUCUACAUUCCCGGUCUUGGCUGGAAGGAGGUUGCGGGGAGUGAGAAAGUGGGCAAUUACUUCUUUGGUAUCAGAAAGGACGAGGUAUGACCGAUUCGAGAAGCGACCAGAGAGAUAAGGCAGUAUUGCCAUAUGGAUCGCAAGCUCGCCAGCUGUAAGAUUAAUGUGAAAACCACCCUUUGACUUGCAGAAUAAUCCAACGUAUAUUUGAGGGUUUAUAAGAACAACCUUAUACAUCCUUCAUUCUAACCAACUCACUACUCACUACUUACUUGAUCUACUUAUGUCCUCUCUCAAACUAUGAGACUUAUC